CGUUAUACCGAAUAAAAAAUAUUGUUUAUUCCCAUGUGGUAGAAAAAUGGACGCGCACAUGAUUCUGUGAGGUUUUGAAAAUGUUUUCCUCUAUUAUUCGAGUGUAUUGAGUGUUAAAACUUAUAAAUUACGUGCAAAAGUGUAGUGUGAAAAUGACAGAAAUGCCUCCUUAUCACGCUGUUAAAGAUGAAGAGAAAACCAGUGGUCAGAGUGACAGUGAUUCCUCUAGCGAUACUGAUGAUUGGGAUUUAUCUCAAUGUUUUGAUAAGCCGCAGCACCUUGAGCCUAUAAAAGGCGCAGAACGGGUAGAGCACUCUUGGAGAGUUAAAGAAAAGUACAAGACACAUUGCGUGGCCCUAGUUCUAUGCCUGAAUGUUGGCGUGGACCCUCCUGAUGUUGUUAAAACACAACCCUGUGCGAGGCUCGAGUGUUGGAUUGAUCCUUUAUCUUUAUCACCGAGCAAGGCAUUAGAAAGCAUUGGUCAUGCAUUACAAUCUCAGUAUGAGAGAUGGCAACCACGAGCCAGAUACAAGCAAUCUCUUGACCCCACUAGUGAAGAGGUAAAAAAGUUGUGCUGCUCUCUGCGACGUAACGCGAAAGAUGAACGCGUGCUUUUUCAUUACAACGGACACGGCGUACCCAAGCCGACGGCGCAGGGAGAGAUCUGGGUCUUUAAUAGGACUUACACCCAGUACAUCCCGCUGUCGAUGUACGACCUGCAGACGUGGAUGGGCGCGCCCUCGCUCUACGUGUACGACUGCUCCAACGCCGGCAUCAUUGUCGACAGCUUCAAGUUGUUUGCUGAUCAACACGAGAGGGAGUACGAGGCUCAGAAGAAUGAAGAAGGCACUUCGAGCAUCCCUCAGGUCUCGUACAAGAACUGCAUCCAGCUGGCCGCCUGCGCCGCCGGACAGAGCCUGCCCAUGAACCCGGAGCUGCCCGCGGACCUGUUCACGGCCUGCCUCACCACGCCGGUCAAGACUGCCAUGAAGUGGUUCGUGCUGAGGACCCGGACCAGAUACGCCGACAGGGACCUGCACGACCUCAUCGAUAAGAUCCCUGGCCAAGUGACGGACCGCCGCACCAUGCUGGGCGAACUGAACUGGAUCUUCACGGCCAUCACCGACACCAUCGCCUGGAGCUCGCUGCCCGCCGACCUCUUCCAGCAGCUGUUCAGGGCCGACUUGCUGACGGCCAGCCUCUGCAGGAACUUCUUACUCGCCGACAGGAUUAUGAGAUCAUACAACUGCACCCCCGUGAGCAGUCCGGCGCUGCCGUCACUGGCCGCGCACCCGCUGUGGGCGGCGUGGGAGCAGACCCUGGACUCGGCGCUGGCCCAGCUGGUCACGUUAUCUUCGGCUCCACAUCCGCUGGAUUACUCCCACUCGCCGUUCUUCAGGGAUCAGCUCACCGCCUUCCAAGUCUGGCUAGAUCUCGGUAAAUGGUGCGGCGGGCGCGGCGUGCCGGAGCAGCUGCCGAUGGUGCUGCAGGUGCUGCUGAGCACGCUGCACCGGGUGCGCGCGCUGCAGCUGCUGUGCCGGUUCCUGGCGCUGGGCGCGUGGGCGGUGCGCGCCAUGCUGGCCGUCGGGAUAUUCCCCUACAUGCUCAAGCUGCUGCAGGCCUCCGCGCCGGUGCUGCGCGCCUCCAUGGUCUACAUCUGGGCCAGGAUCAUCGCGGUCGAUCCGAGCUGUCAAGCGGACCUAGUCAACGCUAAAGGGCACACGUACUUCCUGUCCGUACUGCAAGACCCUACAGUCGACAGCGAGCACCGCACCCUGGCCGCCUACGUGCUGGCUGGCAUCGUGGACGGCUACCCGGCGGGGCAGGAGGCCGCGCUGCAGGGCUCAAUGAUAUCGAUAUGCCUCGAGCAGCUCGGCGACAGGGAGCCGGUACUGGCCCAGUGGAUCUGCAUCAGCCUGGGCCGGCUGUGGCGCGGGUUCGAGGCGGCGCGAUGGACGGGAGUCAGAGAUCUCGCGCACGAGAAACUGUUCCCGCUCCUUGAGCAUUCUGAGCCUGAGGUCCGCGCGGCGUGCGCCUUCGCGCUGGGCUCGUUCGUGUGGUGGUGCGGCGGCGCCGGGCGCUGCGAGCAGGCCAACGCGCUGGACCUGCAGGUGGGCGUGCAGCUGGCCGCGCGCCUGCCGCUCGACGCCAGCCCGCUCGUGCGCGCAGAGAUACUGGCCGCAUUACAGUGGCUGGUGUUAAUAUUUGAACAACACUUCAUCGCUGUUUACAUACAAGAACGGGUCAGAAGAAAUGAUAGGGGUGGCCCGUCCGGGCGCGUGGAGGCGGGGCAGGAGGCGCUGGCGGGGGGCGGCGGGGGCGCGGCGGGAGGUCGGUCCCGGCCCCCCCACUACUCGCUGCCGGCCAUCGGGUUCGGCUCCGUGCCGGUCCGGCUGUUCUCCACGCUGUGCGCCAUGGCCCGGGAGCCGCACCCCAGGGUCGCGCAGAUGGCCACUGACAUCCUCAAUUACAUCUCGAACCAGAGCGCCCAAGUGGACAGCGUGGCGGAACCCGCGCGGAACUCCGCCAGCCUGCCGCCCUCGCCCGGGACCCGCCACCACGAGCACGCCCGGACCCUGCCCGGACACGGCCAUCGUCGCGGCAAGUCGGGGCUGCCACACACCAUAUCCGAGGAGUCUGUUGCGAACAGAGACCGCGACUCUGGAGGGGACCGAGAACGGCACAAAGAUUCACUCUCAUCUAAUUCUAGUCAGACAUGUACGAGCAAGAAGGCGAUAGUGAGCACCGAGUUCGUGGAGUGGGCGGGCGGCGCGUUCUCCCGGCCCGAGCCCGCGCGCCCGGACUGCGAGAGCCGCGAGCACCACCAGCGCCGCUGGACCCUCGCGCGCAACCGCGAGCUGCGCAGGGAGGCCAGAGCCGCGUGCCGCGUGUCCCGGCUGGAGACGCAGGCCUUCCACUCGCGCUGCCCGCUGCCGCCCGCCGUGGUGCUCUUCCACCCCUACGACCAGCAUCUGGCCGUCGCCUCCAAGGAUAACUUCGGUAUCUGGGACUGGGGCACGGCGGCCAAGCUGUGCGUGGGCUCGUGGCGCCCGGCGUGGGGCCGCAUCUCCUCGCUGGCCUACCUCAACGAGCACCAGCACGCGCUGCUGGCCGUGGCCUCGCACACCGGCAACCUGGCAGUCUACAGGCCGUCGGGCAGCAGCACGGAGCCGGCGCUGGUGAGCGCGUGGCGCGCGCUGGACGUGUCCCCCCCGCCGCAGUACACCCCGCCGCGCGCGCAGCCCAUCUACAGUAUAGCUCAACUGGUCUCUGAUCAGUUCUCCUCGAACGAAGACAAACUAGCGACGAACAAAAACAAGCAACAGGCCGACCCCAACUUGGGCGGCGGCACGGUGGUACGCUGGGUGGCGGCGCGGCGCUGGGUGGCGGCGGGCGGGCGCGCGCGCGGCGUGCGGCUGUGGGACGCGCGGCGCGAGCUGCGGGUGGGCGACCUGGCCGCGCCCGGGGACGCCGCCCUCACCGCGCUGGGGGCCGCGCGCCCCGACGUGCUGGCCGCCGGCUUCCAGGACGGCGCCGUGCGGCUGUGGGACCAGCGCACCCUGGCGCCCACGCACGACCUGCGCCGCCACGCCGCGCCCGUGCUGGCCGCCGCGCACUCGCUGCGCGCCGACCUGCUCGUCACCGGCUGCGCGAACGGCGAGAUAUGUAUAUACGACACCCGCAAGAUGGCCGUGCUGGAGGAAAUCCGCGCGCCCGGGCCGCUCGCCGCCGUGGACGUGCACCCGCUGUGCGACCUCGUGGCCUGUGGCUCGCUGAACCAGUGCAUCAGCCUGUACGACCUGCGGGGGAACGCGCUCAACACCAUCAAGUUCCACGAGGGCUUCAUGGGGCCCCGCAUCGGGCCCGUCUCCUGUCUGGCCUUCCACCCGCUCAGGUGCGCGAUGGGCGUGGGCUCCAAGGACUCCACGGUGUCGGUGUACGUGGCGGAGUCGCGCCGGUGACCCUCGCUGUACGGCAUCACGCUGCCCUUCCGCGCGGCGAGCGCCGGCCCAGGUAAUUAGAAGCUUGAACGAAGGCGAGCAGCCGGCCGCCGACCCGCGCAGCUCUUGUAAAUAUUCCACUGCACUGUACAUUGCUGGCUUCGUAUGGCCGUCGCUUACACACGUUCGGAAAUAUAUACUGUAUAUCUCUAGCGGCUCCGUACACAGCCGGAGACUUCGGAUAGCUUAGUCUAGAGCGUGGACGACUGACAGCUAACAGUAAACAUGAAAUUUAACUGUGAAGACCUUGGAAAUCUAAAAUAUAAUGCAGUAAGACAAUGUAAAAUCUGUGAAAUAAAUUUGAUAAGUUAAGAACUCUAAGCGGUCAAUGAACAUAGAGACAGUCACAGAUAAUUAUUUAUAGAGCGCUUAAAGCAUUACGAUGUCUAUGAUUUGUAAAUUACAGAUAAUAAAUGUUUGUCAGAUUAUAACAGAUUGAUGCCGAUUGGUCUAGUUCUAUUUAUUUAAAGCAAUAUUUCGUAUAACUUACAAGAAACUUGUAUUGCAUUAAGUAAUAAUCGUCAUAAUGUCGCUUGUGUCUGCGGUCACCGUCUCUUUGUGCUGUAAGAGCUUUAAUGGCUCGACCUAAGGCCGUUUGAAACAAAUUGAUAAUUCGCUCUUCAUUAUAUCCGUCAGGAGAUAAGUCGAUCGGUACAGUAAGCUGAUCGGAGAUCGGGCGUGUAAACUGUCAGGCUGUCAAUUGACCGUCUGUUGACAACUGUCAAUAUUUAUUUGAAGAUCUCGUUUCAACAGAUACUAUACGAUCGACCCGGCCGUUCGCGUCACGUGAAGCCUUAGCAAAUUGCGUAUAUACAUAUUAACAGCUGCUUGUAGAAACAGACUGAGUGAAACGAGAUACUUGCGACAAAAGACAUUUUGUUUGACGUAGUUUGGAAGUUCGACUUUAGAUCACAAGUUAAAUUGAUUUUGCUGGGUCGAACACCGGCAGUGUGCUCGCAGGAAUCUGACGACUCUGAAAUGUAAUUAUUUAUUCAAUUGUACUGAACUAUAACUAUAAUGCGUUUCAAAUAAAAAUGUGCAUAGACCUGCGCCAUAUUGUGACGUCAUAGCUGUCAAAUCGAAAAAUAUAGGUAAAGUCAAUAAAAAAGGUAGGAAUUUUUUAAUAAUUAUUUAUAAUCCAAAUCUUCGAGUUUGCCGAUUCCACUAAUCCCACUGCUUGAGUAAUCGUCAUCAUCGUCGCCUAUUCAUAAAUUAUAGGGUCCGACAGUGUUGCAGCCUUGAUUUUUAAGUAGUUGGAUUUUUUUUUUAUAUAAUCGAAAUUCAUGUUUAAUUUACCUCGACCAGUACUCAACAUUUCAAGAAAAUUAUAUAGUUGUGUAUGAUUCAUUAAAAGAUACAUAAUAUUAAUACAUAGUCUUCAUAAACAGGGCAAAAAUUUCAAAUAAUAAAAAAAAGAUAUUUUUUUCUUUUGCUAUCCAUACUCUUUUUAUCGAACUUUGACAGAUCAAGGGCAUUGACGUGCACAUUCUUAUUUGAAACUCACUAUAUCCCCGGACGCGUAGAGAGGCAGAGUGGGUAGUAACGUGAUGUAGUGCCGCGGGGAGGGGGGUGUCUUACAUUGCGGGCUAAAAUGAUCUUAUAACCUAUUUUAUGCUUAGUUUAUGAAUGAACACGGCGUUUACUUUGGCUUUUUUAUAUAGUUUUUUAUGGCCUGUAGGCGGUGAGCACACUGCUAGUGCGGCCUCUGGACAGCAACAACUUACAUUAUUAUUACAUAUAUUUGCCCGUUUGAGUGAUUUUUUCCAUAUUUAUUGGGAAAUUAUUAAAAUCGUUUUGUCUUAGAGUUUUAUAACUUUUAUUCACAUACAUUUUAAAACGUAACACGUAUCUGAAAUUACUUGCGAAGACACUCACGAUCCUUUAACUAAUUCAUUUGGCAUUAAAUAUUAUCGUUAUAAUAUUUUAAAAUAAUAUGCAAAGUAGUUUAAUGAAAUGCAAAAUUGAAAUGUAAUGUUCUCUUCUUAUACGUGUAAGAAAAACAUACGAAUUAUUUUAAGCAAUUCAAAAGUGUAAAUGGUUAGCCAAAUACAUUUUUUUUCUGAUUUAUGAAAUGUAAUUAUUAUUCACAAAAAUGUAACGCUUUAAGAUAUAUAUUGUAAUUGUGUCUCUUGAAUAAUUUAAUUAUUUGAUAAAUUAUUAUAACGAUUAAUUCAAUUUAUUUAUUUAGUAUAUAAUAAUAUGUAAAAGGUUUAUUUUGUUAAUAGAUGUGGCCGUAAUGAUUUUUCGAGUAAUAAAUGGUCUUUAAACGAAAAAUUCACGUUAACGUCUGCGGCAAGAACCGCUCGUCACUUGCGGGGUGACCAGCGCCCGCUGUCAAAACAUGGACGUACAAUGUGCGUAGAGGGUUCGUCAAAACCCGCCCUCGAACUCAUAAAAGACGAACAAACAAGUUUUCAAUCAAUAUAUAGCCAUAAUUUUAUUAGAAAAAGUGCACAUAACAACAAGAACAUUAUUGGCCACAUCUUUUGCAACGUACGCCGUAUAUUCGCGGGAACAAUGCUGCAGUGCUGUAAUAAUAUAAUUUUAAGUAAUAGUUUAACAUCGUUGUUGUGUUUUUAGUGAAUGAGUCGGGCAUCAUUUUUCGCAGUUGGUAAAUUCGAGAAUGGGCACUCGGUAUUGUUGAUAAACUAGCGUGACGUCACGUGUACAGAUUAACGGAGGUACUGUCCUAUUUGAACAAAAGUACAUAGUUAUUAAAUAAAGAGUUAACUUUAGCUUGUGUUGAUUUUGUAUAUAAUUUUUUUUGUUAACAAAAUGUUAACGAUGUAUUUGCAGUGUACCGGAGUAGCACGUCUAAUUGUGUUCAAGAGGUGCUACAGUUGUAAUUAAUAUAAUGUAAGACAAAUUCGGGCUCUCAGUGGUGUGCAGUGUGCCCUAAUAACGCACCGAAUAGUGUCAAAAGGAUCUUAUAAAAAGUAGAAAUAUUCCAUACUAUUCAUAAAGUUAAAUAUUUAUAGCGAAUAUCCUCUGCAUGCCGCUGUCUGCUUUAGCUUGGCGUUAUAAUAUUAAAGCCUUAGCUGUGGAGUCUUGCAUAUAUAAUUUACAAAUAUGUAAUUUCUAUUUUUAACUGUACAAAACUUGUUUUAUGUGUCAAUCAAUUAUAUGCAAAUAAUUUUCCAGUCAGCUUUUUAAACAGAAAGUUCCUAAACACCUUCAUUUUAAAAUAGAUGCCAUUUUUAUUAUUUUGUAUAGAUUUUUUAUGUACGUAAUAAUAGUUUGUUGUGGAAUAAUUGAAACAUUUUGUUCAAAUUGAUGUAUAGGAAAUUAAGUUGUUAAUAUAACAUGCAUUUAACUGUAAUUAGUUUUUAGUGACGGAUUCAGAACAAAAUGCAAAUGCAAAAAAUAAAUUUAUUUUAAACGAUAGAUAAAUGAGAAUUCAUCACCUAAUGAAAUUUGUGGCCAUACAAAAUGUAAACUAGUAUGUAAGGAAUAGAUCAAAAUGUAAUGAUCAUGGGGAAUUCGUUGGUUAUUUGUUGUCAGAUACAAUUUGUAUCAAACUACAGUUUGUCUAUGGAUAUAAUAGAUUUAUUCGCUUUUACGUAAUUUGUAAUUGAAUGUACAUUUAACAUGAUUGUUGUUGUUACAAUAAAACACAAUACAUAAA